AAGGGGGGUAUUAUAGAGAAUGGAAAUCGCCCUUCUCGAUUGUCACGCCCUGAGUUCUAAGUCGCUCGUUCGCCUCUGGCCCUCCUCCGCUAUCUUCCCUCCUUAAAUACCUCUCGCUCACCUGUCACAACGUAGAUAGAGAAUCUGAGGAUUGCAAUUGAGAAGAAUCGAAGUUCUGUUUUGUUUUUUGGUUGUUUUUUUUCUUCUCGUUCCUCGUCUUUUUAUUUUUAUUGUUUGGUCGAUAUACUCGAGGAUACCGGAGAAAAAUGGCUACUGCAAUGGAUCGGAUCGCUUUCUUCCCUUCCUCCUGCAUCUAUCGUCCUUCUCAAUCUCGAAGAUUCGGAUCAUCCGGAGCCUCGACGAUUCGCUGCGCCACUACCGAGGUUACAAAUGGAAGGAAGGCGUAUAUUCCUCCCCGAGAGGUGCAUGUCCAAGUGAAACAUUCCAUGCCUCCCCAAAAGUUGGAAAUCUUUAAAUCCUUGGAAGGAUGGGCUGAGCAGAACCUGUUGACUCUUCUAAAACCUGUUGAAAAAUCAUGGCAGCCGAACGAUUUUCUUCCGGAAUCUGAAUCAGAAGGGUUCUAUGACCAAGUCAAGGAAUUGAGGGAAAGGAGCAAGGAAGGAGGGGCUUAUUGGAGCCCAGAUCGAACUAACGGCUACUUUUGCUUUUUAAUAUUACAAAAAUUUGCAAUUUGACGUAGGUGGCCCACUCUUCCGACCUACCAGACAAUGUUGAACACCUUGGAUGGGGUUAGGGAUGAGACUGGUGCAAGUCCUACUUCCUGGGCGAUAUGGACACGUGCUUGGACCGCCGAAGAAAAUAGGCAUGGGGAUCUUCUUAACAAGUAUCUGUAUCUGUCUGGACGUGUAGACAUGAGGCAGAUUGAAAGGACGAUUCAGUACCUGAUUGGUUCUGGAAUGGAUCCGAAAACCGAAAACAACCCUUACCUGGGUUUUAUAUACACUUCCUUCCAAGAGAGGGCAACAUUCAUCUCCCAUGGCAACACUGCCAGACUGGCAAAGGAGCACGGGGACUUGAAACUUGCACAGAUAUGCGGCAUUAUUGCUGCUGAUGAGAAGCGCCAUGAGACUGCCUACACAAAGAUUGUAGAGAAACUCUUUGAAAUUGACCCUGAUGGCACGAUCAUGGGCUUGGCUGACAUGAUGAAGAAAAAGAUCUCGAUGCCUGCCCAUUUAAUGUAUGAUGGCCGUGAUGAUAACCUAUUUGAGCACUUCUCAUCCGUGGCCCAGAGGCUCGGUGUCUACACUGCCAAGGACUAUGCUGAUAUACUGGAAUUUCUCGUGCAACGGUGGAAAGUGGAGGAUUUGUCAGGCCUUUCAGGCGAAGGGCGAAGGGCCCAGGACUUUGUUUGCGGAUUGCCAGCAAGGAUCCGCAGAAUAGAAGAGAGGGCUCAAGGAAGAGCCAAAGAAGCCACAAGAAACGUGCCCUUCAGCUGGAUUUUCGGCCGAGAGAUCCGGGUUUGAAUGAAAUGUAAUACCCGCUAAGGCUCAAAGCACAAAGCUUGACCGGGCGAAAAUCUAAAGACCUAAGAAGUUUGAAUGUUCUGCCGAGCUCUUUGUAGAUACGUAUGGUGUUCGGUUCGUCCUGUUUGUCUGUUUGAGACCAAAGCUUGUUUGAGUAUGUGAACUAUUGUGAUGUCUGUUUACCAAAGAAGUAGAAUUCCCCCAAAGUGUUUGCCUUCUUUUCCCCUUUUGGGGUCUCUUUUUUGUCUUCAUCAGUAAUUGUUUCCUAAAGUAACAGGAAUUUGUCCUUUGUUGUUUCCUCA